AGAAAAUGAGCAAUUUGAUGAUCUACUGGGACAAGACUCUUUCUGAUAAGAUUGAGAAAAUCCUCCAGUAUCAUGGUUUACACACGACUGAUCGAUACCAAUUAGUGAUGAAGAUCAGGGAUCCAGAAAGAACCUGCAAUCUGUCGCAAAUAGACUUGAAAAGGAAUUUCUUGGCUCAAUUUGGAGAUCUUGCUUAUUAUGACUUCAAAGAUGCCAACACAGUUCAUAUAAAAUACAAAGAUCCUAUUGCUGCUUUCUAUUGCCAGCAGUUUUUGGAUGGGGAAUAUAUCACAAGUCUAAAGGCUAAUUUGAUAGUGAAAUGGAUUGACCAUAACUUCAAUGAGAGGAAACUCUCCAAGCGGGACUCUAAAGACCUCCGCAAACAAGCUGAAGAAACCCAACCAGAAAAACAAAGUUUGAGGAAAUUUGAAGAAGAGAAGGAAGAUCCUCGAGAUGCCUCCUCUAUGUCAAAAAUAAAAGAGGAGAAUAUGGUUAAAAUUAGGCAAAACUGGAUCCCUAGUAGCAUUCCAGUCAACACAAUGUUCUUCAAUGAAGCUGUUAAAGAUCCUGAACUUCAUGAAGGCAUUUCUCUAGAGAAUAAUAACCAUUACCCAAAUGCUUUUGAUGGGUCGAAACCACAUGAAAAUGGGACAGAUGUACAAACUUUUCAAGAAUCCACAAUCAAAAGAUGCUACUUUGAACUACAGAUAGAAGACAGAGAGUUCAACUUCAAACAGAGAAUCAUGGGUACAAUGGGCUGUAACAUGAAGAGAAUUGAAGAAAAAUGUAAUGUUGACAAUAAGGACUCCGUAAAACUCCGAUUUGUCACUAAAGAUCUAACCCAAGAGAAUGAUCAGGAGGAUGAUCAAGACGAUGAGCAGUACCAAGAAAUCCUUGCAGAUAUUCCGAAGAAUUCCUAUGGUGAUAAGUCUAAAACAAAGACGUAUUUGUUAGUUGAGUCCAAGAACUACCACGAUUAUACAAAAGCAGUGCUCAACAUCCAAGAAUUGCUCAUCAACGUUUAUGAAGACUAUAAGAGAUAUUGUGAAAAAUUAAGCAUAAAGCCAGUCUGAGGAGGUCUUAUUAAGAAAAUCGAAUCUAUUAAGGGCGAUAGGAAGACUGUCACGAGGGUCAUCAAGUCAUAAUAAUCCAUAAGUAAUCCAGAUGUGCCAUUUUAAG